CUCCAUCCCCUCCUUCCUCCUUUUCCUUCACAGAGAAGUAAGUGGGAGGGAGGAAUCGAGCGAGGCGGCAGAAUUCCAAGACUUUGGAAAUUUGUCCCAUCCCAGCCGUGAACUCGGCGCCACAGCUCCUCUAGGUCGAGACCGAGAGGGUGCUCGCUCGCCUUCCCGCCUUCCCGUUCUGUCCUGAACCCCUUUCCCCACCCUUUGGGAUCUUAUCGAGGAUAAUGACCACGAGUCUUCUUGCUGACAUCUACAACUGAUACAUUUCUUUUUUUCCUUCCACUUCAGAAGAAAGUCGAGUGUGGAGCAGCGGACGCCGCCACAUCAGCUCAGGAUGACACGGCAUCGGCUGAUACCGCUCUGCGCCCUUGUGGGGGUCCUGCUUGCAGGAUUUCUUCCAAACCUCCAAGCGCAGGAUGCGCAAGAUUCCGCAGACCUUGUACUCUUAAUUGAUGGAUCGCAGAACGUUGGAGCAGCAAACUUUCCAUACGUGCGUGAAUUGGCAUUGAGAAUCAUUGAGCGCCUCGAUGUGGGCAGGGAGGCCGUUCGGGUGGCCUUGGCCCUGUACCACGCCAACCCAGAGAUUAAGUUCUAUCUCAGUAGCUAUGAGAGCAAAGCAUCCGUCCUGGAGGCUGUGAAGGAACUUGCAUACUCAGGGAGUCCCCAAUCUAACCUGGGCCUGGCCUUGGAAGAAGUGGCCCAGAGCCUUUUGAGCCAAUCGGCAGGGGGCAGGGCAGAGGAGGGCGUUCCCCAGAUGGUGGUGGUUAUCAGUGCUGGCCCAUCCACUGACGAUACCGGCGCCGGCGACCGGUCCCUUAAGCGGGCCGGAGUGGUCACGCUUGGCGUGGCCAUCGGUAACACCGCCCCUGCAGAUUUGGAAGCGGUCGCAACCGAUAGGUCGUUUGUCCUGUCGGCCCCUGAUUUCGGAACAGUGACGAGCACGGUUGACCAGCUGAUGCCGUUUGUUCAGGGUGUGGUCCAGCGCACCAUUAUAAUACAGAAUGAGUUCACAGAAGUUGUGGCCGUUACACCAAGAGACAUCAUUUUCCUCCUUGACAGCACAAUGGGCGCCACGGUUAUCAACUCCGUACGAGAGUUCAUCCGGAGGUUCGUCGACACCAUGCCCAUCGGCCCAGACGGCGUGCAAGUGGGUGUGGCUCAGUUCAGCGAUACCCCCCGACUGGAGAUCGAUCUCAACUCCUAUGGAACCAGGGAUGAGCUCAUGUCCGCUUUGGGUCGAAUCAAACCCAGACAGGGCCAAUCAGUCAACAUCGGAGCCGCCUUGGACUUUGUGAGGACCAACAUGGUGCGCCCUGACAAGGGCAGUCGUCUUCAACAAGGCGUCCCGCAGCUCGUGCUCUUGAUGACAUCAAAAAAGUCCACCGACGAAGCCAUCGGGCCGGCCAGGGCUCUGCAGCGAAUGGGCGUAUUGACCAUGGCCGCAGGUUCCAAGACGGCCGACAAGCAAGAGCUGAAAGAGAUUGCCUUUGACGAGAGUGUCUUGUUCAUGAUGCCGGACUUCCGCAAGCUACUCCGCAGCCCCAAGAUAAUCAUUACCCCGCUUUCCACUCUCGCUGGCGUCGUGGUGACUGAAGUACCCACUGAGCCAGUGGUGGAGAUAACAACAGUGCAGACCCAAACAGUGAUCAGAGACAUUGUCUUCCUCGUGGACGGCUCCAACUACAUCGGCAGCAAUAACUUUCCCUAUGUGCGAGACUUCAUGAUUAACGUGGUCAAUCAACUGGAAGUGAACCCUGAGAGAGUCCAAAUUGGCCUCAUGCAGUUUGCCGAGCAGCCCAAAAUUGAGUUUUAUCUCAACACCCUGAGCGACAGGCAAAGUGUCGUGGACCGGAUUUCGCAACUCAGACUGACGGGAGGCGCCGUUUUGAAUACGGGCGCCGCCAUGGAGUUUGCCCUCCGUAACAUGUUUAGUACGAGGGCGGGCUCACGUAAGAGGCAAGGAGUCCAGCAGGUGUUGGUUCUGAUCACGGGUGGCCCGACCCAGGAUGCGAUAAAGAAUGUUGCUGAUAAGGUGGCUCUUGAAGGUGUUCUGACCUUUGUGGUCAGUUCAGGGCAAGCAGACCACGCUGUGCUGCAAACGGUGGCCUUUGUUCCAGACUUGGCUUACCAUGAGGCUAAUUUUGCUUAUUUGCCAGCUAUGGCUGAACAAAUCAUGCCAAAAUUAAUCACGGUGGUCGGAGAUACGGACUUGGCAACAACCACUGAAGAAGUCGCCGUGACCGGAUCCGAAAGGGACGUCGCCUUCCUUAUUGAUGGUACCGACUCCGUUCGGUCAGACUUUGCUUAUGUCCGGGAUUUUAUCCUCAAAGUCAUUGAACCGCUUGACAUCGGACGUGACAAGGUGCGAGUAGCGGUGGUUCAGCACAGCGAGAGGCCAACACCGAACUUCUAUCUGAACACCUAUCAGACCAAAGAGGAGGUUGUGCGAGCCGUCAGUCAAAUGACACUGGCCGGAGGACGUAGUCUCAACACAGGCUCAGCUCUCAAGUUCAUGCGGGACAAUAUCUUGUCGGAGGCCUACGGCAGCCGUAGGGCGCAAGGCGUCCCGCAGUUUCUGAUCGUUCUGACCGGAAGCCGAUCCAGGGACAGUGUGACGGUGCCUGCCGGCGAGCUGAAGACCGAGGGCGUUGUGCCGUUCGGCGUAGGCGUCAAGGACGCUGACCAAAAGCAGAUCGAGGACAUUUCACACAACCCUUCGUUUGCCUUCAAAGUGAAGGAAUUUAGCGAACUCGACACCGUGCCUCAACGACUCAAUACCUACGUGGCCCUUCCGAGAGCCGAGCUCGACAUCGUCCUGCGGGAAGUACAAGGUCAUGGUGUAAAAAGAGAUCUUGUGUUCCUACUGGAUGGCUCUGAAAACACAAGAAAUGGGUUUUCAGACAUCAAACUCUUCCUUAAGAGCAUAGUGGAGAGUCUCUAUGUCAGUGAAAACCAAGACAGGGUGUCUGUGGUUCAAUUUGCCGAAAAGCCCAAUGUCAACUUUUAUCUGAACUCCCACAAGAACGAGAGCGACGUUAUGAAUGCCAUUGACAAUUUGAGGCACGGUGGUGGAGGGAGACGCCUUAAUGUCGGGGCUGCACUGCAGUUUGUGAGACACAGUGUCUUCACGUCCUCCUCCGGCAGCAGGAGGCUGGAAGGAGUGCCGCAGAUUUUGAUUCUUCUAACUACCGUACCAUCGGCCGAUGACGCGAGGAGCCCAGCUCUCGCGCUUAAGGACCACGAAAUUAUGUCUGUGGGGAUCGGAGUGGGCGAUUCCGAUUUUUCCGAAUUGGAAAUGGUUGCCUUUGAGCCAAGUUUCAUAUACAAGGUCAUUCGUCUUUCCAACUUGCCCUCGAUCCAAUCUAAACUCAUUGCUGCACUGAACUCAAACAAAGAUCCCACAGAAUCCACAUCUGAUUUAAUAGGCCGCACUAAGAGGGACAUAGUGUUCCUUGUCGACGGUUCAGACGGCUCGAGAAACGGACUACCGGCAAUCCGGGAGUUCAUCAGAAGAAUGGUAGAAGAGCUGGACAUUGACGACGAUAAGGUCCGAGUGGCCGUCCUUCAAUAUAGCGACGACACCAGCGUUUACUUCAACUUGGCAGCCCACGAUUCCAAACGAGCCAUCAUCUAUGCCGUUAGAAGCCUUCGUCAUAAAGGAGGGAGGCCAAGGAACACUGGAGCUGCACUUGAGUUUUUGCGGGAUUUCAUUGUCAACGCUGACUCCGGAAGCAGGGUUGUCCAGGGAGUCCCUCAGAUUCUGUUUUUAUUGACCGGAGGCGAAUCCGCUGAUGACGUUUCGGCAGCUGCAGCUGGCCUCCAUCAACUUGGCGUUCUGUCUUUUGCUAUUGGAAUGAAAAACGCUCAACAAGAGGAGCUCGAGAAAAUUGCCUCCUCUUCGACUUAUAUUUUCAAUCUACCCUUUUUUGGUGAACUUUUGUCUGUCCAACAAGAGAUAGUGUCAUUUGUUCAGGUGGGGAAAGCACUUGAGCCUCCUCUAGUGGAACAAGAGUCCCCACAAAGAGACAUUGUGUUUCUGGUGGAUGGUUCAGAUGAAACUCGGAGUGGAUUCCCAGCCAUUAAAAGUUUCAUUAAACAAGUGGUUGAAACACUCACUGUGGGUGAGAACGAGGACCAGGUCUCUGUGGUUCAGUAUAGCAGCGAUCCACAGUUGCACUUUAGUUUCGACACCUAUGCUGAUUCACAAGAUGUCCUUACUACUGUCGAGCAGUUGAAACACAAAGGUGGUGGGCCUCUUAACACUGGGGCAGCUCUUGAGUAUGUGAGGACCAACGCCUUUUCAGAGUCCUCUGGGAGCCGGCACAACCAAGGUGUGCCUCAGAUAUUGAUUCUAUUGAGUGGAGGGGCAUCUCAAGAUGAGGUCACGAGCGCUGCGGCUGCUCUUAAACAAGACCAAGUUGUCACCUUCUGUGUUGGAACCAAGAAUUCCGAUCUACUCGAGCUACAAACAAUUGCGCAUGUACCAUCCUAUGCCUUUGCUCUGCGACAAUUUGAGGAUACUGGAAGAAUCUAUCAGCAGUUAGUUUCUUUUGUGAAAAGAGUGCCUCGGCAGACCGUAUCAAAGCCUCCCACUGUAAUAGAUUCCACGAGACGGGACAUUGUAUUUUUACUUGACGGAACCGAUAAAUCUGAACCAAGAUUCCAAGAUAUUAAGGAUUUUGUGUUAGGAGUAGUAGCAGAGCUUCACAUUGAUGAAAACAACGACCAGGUGGCUUUGGUUCAGUACAGUGACACGGCACAGAUUCACUUUGACCUGAAGCGGUUUUCCUCGGCGGACUCUGUUGUCAGCACAAUAGGAGAUCUAACUCACAAAGGCGGUUCACCAAACAACAUUGGCGCAGCCCUCCAAUAUUUGAGGGAGCGUAUUUUUACGCCUGAUGCAGGUAGUAGAUUGCCUCAGGGUGUUCCACAAAUCCUUUUUGUGCUGAGCAACGAAAGGUCAGCCGAUGACGUAAGAGCACCCGUCAGAAUGCUGAAAGACGUCGGUGUGAUUAUAAUUGCCAUUGGAACAGCUACUGCCGACACCCUAGAACUUCAAACAAUGUCUCACGAUGCUAAAUAUGCAUUUUCUGUGAGCGAUUACAAGGAACUCCUUGUUGCUAAAGAAAGCGUAUUGUCGCUACUUAAAGAGGCAGACCACCAUUUAGAACAAUCAGCCCCAGUGGAGAGUUUUGAACCAAGGAAAAAUGAUGUAGUGUUUCUGAUCGAUGGAUCGUAUGACUCACGAAACGAUUUUGAAGCGAUACGACAAUUUAUCGAGCAAAUGGCAGAAAGCUUGAACUUUGACGGCAGAGACCGGAUGGCCGUCGUUCAAUACAGCCGCAAUUCCACCGUCAAUUUCUACUUGAAUUCUUAUUCGUCUAAGACGGAUGUGCUCAAUUCCAUCCGAAACAUGGGGCAUAAGUACGGCAGACCCCUCUACCUUGGCAAAGCGCUGGAGUUUGUCAGAGACAACGUAUUUGCCGCUUCGGUCGGAGGCCGACGUGCAUCUCUGGUUCCUCAGUAUCUGUUCGUCUUUAGCGGCGGCAGGUCCAAGGACGAUGUAAGAGGGCCGGCACAAUCCCUCAAGAAAAAUGGAAUAAGGACGUUCUCGAUUGGAACAAAGAAUGCAGAUACAUUGGAGAUGCAAAACAUUUCCUUUGCACCCUCACAUUAUUUUUCCGUCACGAGCUUUACUAAUCUGCCAAGUGUUCAUGAGUCUGUCAAAGCCAUGAUGAAAGAUGUUGACGAUACACCUGGAUAUACACCUGCUGUUGGUACCUCCACAGUAACACAAUUAGAACUUGGUGGUCCUGCUGAUAUUGUUUUUCUACUCGCUGGAUCUGAUGAUAUGCGAGCAAAUGAAGGCCCCGUUUUGGACUUUGUGAGAGACUUUGUUCAACAAGUCGAAAUUGGGCCAGGCAAUGUACAAGUUGCUGUAAUCCAGUACAGCGCAGUGCCCACAGCGGAGUUUGUCUUAAACUCUUACGGCCAGAAAGACGAUCUAAUGGCUCAGCUUAGUAAUGUAAAACUAAGAGGAGGGUCCACAGUGAACACGGGUGAAGCCCUUCAAUAUGCGAGAAAUUACAUGUUUACGGCAUCAGCUGGAAGCAGAGCCCAGCAGGGAAUACCUCAAACAAUGAUUGUCUUAAGUGGCAAAAAGUCUGACGACAGUGUUGCAGAGCCGCUGAAUGGCCUGAGAGAGGCUGGCAUUGACCUUUAUAGCAUUGGAAUGAAUGGUGCGGACAAACAAGAAAUGCAGGAAAUAUCACAAAAUGUUGAAACUGCAUAUUUUGUCCAAGCACCAUCCGAUUUCCCUGUUGUAAUGCAACAAUUACUCUCUGCAAUUUUAUCCCAUAGAAGCAUAACCGGGCCUGGUUUUGGUGUAACUGACACCAAAAAAGAUAUUGUAUUCCUCCUGGAUGGUUCUGAUGGAACAAGAAAUGGCUUCCCGGCCAUGCGCAAUUUUGUUGAGCAAGUGGUGGAAAAGCUCAAUGUGGGCGAAAACAAAGACCGUGUCUCUGUGGUCCAGUACGGCAGAGAUCCUGAGGCCAAUUUCUAUCUGAACACAUACACCACAAAAGAAGAGGUUGUGGAUGCAGUCAGAGGGCUCACGCACAAAGGGGGCAGACCCCUCAACACCGGGGCUGCUCUCCGAUACAUGAGCGACAAGGUCUUUACAAACUCCACAGGGAGUAGGCGCCUACAAGGUGUUCCACAGAUCUUAAUCCUAAUAAAUAGCAGAGGAUCUUUUGACAGUGUGGAUGCGCCAGCCUCUGCACUCAAACUGCAAGGCAUUUAUACAAUCGGCAUUGGAACUCGGAGCUCUGACAAGGACGAGCUGCAGAAGAUAUCCCAUGACCCAAGCUAUGCCUUAGCAGUACUUGACUUUGCUAGUUUACAGAAUGUCCAAGAACAGUUCUCCUCUGUAAUGGGCAGAGUGAUAAGGGCUGCAACCAUGUCAAUAAAAAUGAACGAAAAGAGGCGGGGAAGGGAUAUGGUUUUCUUGUUGGACGGCUCCGACGCCACAAGAAACUCAUUCCCAGCGAUGAGAGACUUUGUCCAAAGAGUGGUAGAGACACUGAGUUUGGAUGACGACAAAGAUCGCGUCUCCCUGGUUCAGUACAGCAGAGACGCGGCUGUCCAGUUCUAUCUGAACACAUACACCACAAAGGGCGAGAUCCUUGACAUUGUCAGAGGACUGAGGCACAGAGGCGGAAGACCUCUCAACACCGGGGCAGCUCUCCAGUACUUGAGGGACAAUGUCUUCACAGCCUCUGCCGGCAGCAGACGCCUCCAAGGCGUCCCGCAGGUCCUAAUCCUGCUGAGCGGCGGAAGGUCUCUUGACAGCGUGGAUGCGCCAGCUUCUGCUCUCAAACAGCUAGGAGUGCUGAUCUUUGCCAUCGGAAGCAGGAGCUCCGAUAGUGGCGAGCUGAAGAAGAUAGCCCACGACCCCCAAUUUGGGCUAUCGGUGCCUGAAUUCACUGACCUCCCCAGUGUCCAACAACAGCUUCAGUCCUCCGUAGAGGCUGUAGUGAUUGACGUCACCCCAGAAACGUCAUCAGUCAUUGCUGAAGCCAAAAAGGAUGUUGUCUUUCUUCUGGACGGUUCUGACGGAACAAGGAAUGGCUUCCCUGCCAUGCGCAAUUUUGUUGAGCAAGUGGUGGAGAAACUCAAUGUGGGCGUAAACAAAGACCGUGUCUCUGUGGUCCAGUACGGCAGAGAUCCAGAGACCAGUUUCUAUCUGAACACGUACACGGCGAGAGAGGAUGUUGUGAAUGCGCUCAGAGGACUCAGACACAGAGGAGGCAGACCCCUCAACACUGGGGCCGCCCUCCAAUAUGUCAGGGACAACGUCUUUACAAACUCCUCAGGCAGCAGGCGCUCGCAAGGUGUUCCGCAGAUCUUGAUUCUGCUAAAUGGCGGCCGCUCUUUUGACAGCGUUGCUGCGCCAGCCUCUGCUCUCAAACAGCAGGGAGUCUUUACCAUCAGCAUUGGAACACAGAACUCUGACAGCAGCGAGCUGCAAAAGAUAGCCCAUGACCCUAGUCAUGCUCUAGCAGUGUCUGAGCUCACUGACCUCUCCAGUGUCCAAGACCAGCUCUCCUCGGUAAUAAACAGGGUACUCAGAGCCACGCCCAUGACACCAACAGUGACGGCGGAGAGACCGAGAGGAAGGGAUGUGGUUUUCUUGUUGGACGGCUCUGAGGCCACAAGAAACUCAUUCCCAGCUAUGAGGGACUUUGUCCAAAGAGUCAUAGAGACACUGAGUUUGGAUGACGACAAAGAUCGCGUCUCCCUGGUUCAGUACAGCGGAGAUGCGGCUGUCCAGUUCUAUCUGAACACAUACACCACAAAGGGCGAGAUACUUGACAUAGUCAGAGGACUGAGGCACAGAGGCGGAAGACCCCUCAACACCGGAGCAGCUCUCCAGUACUUGAGGGACAAUGUCUUCACAGCCUCUGCCGGCAGCAGACGCCUCCAAGGCGUCCCGCAGGUCCUAAUCCUGCUGAGCGGCGGAAGGUCUCUUGACAGCGUGGAUGCGCCAGCUUCUGCUCUCAAACAGCUGGGAGUGCUGAUCUUUGCCAUCGGGAGCAGGAGCUCCGAUAGCGGAGAGCUGCAGAAGAUAGCCCACGACCCCCGAUAUGCGCUAUCGGUGGCUGAAUUCACUGACCUCCCUAGUGUCCAACAACAGCUUCAGUCCUCCGUAGAGGCUGUGGUGAUUGACGUCACCCCAGAAACGCCAUCAGUCAUUGCUGAAGCCAAAAAGGAUGUUGUCUUCCUUCUGGACGGUUCUGACGGAACAAGGAACGGCUUCCCGGCCAUGCGCAAUUUUGUUGAGCAAGUGGUGGAGAAACUCAAUGUGGGCGUAAACAAAGACCGUGUCUCUGUGGUCCAGUACGGCAGAGAUCCGGAGACCAGUUUCUAUCUGAACACGUACACGGCGAGAGAGGAUGUUGUGAAUGCGCUCAGAGGACUCAGACACAGAGGAGGCAGACUCCUAAACACUGGAGCCGCCCUCCAAUAUGUCAGGGACAACGUCUUUACAAACUCCUCAGGCAGCAGGCGCUCGCAAGGUGUUCCGCAGAUCUUGAUCCUGCUAAAUGGCGGCCGCUCUUUUGACAGCGUUGCCGCGCCAGCCUCUGCUCUCAAACAGCAGGGCAUCUUUACCAUCAGCAUUGGAACACAGAACUCUGACAGCAGCGAGUUGCAAAAGAUAGCCCAUGACCCUAGUCAUGCUCUGGCAGUGUCUGAGCUCACUGACCUCCCUAGUGUCCAAGACCAGCUCUCCUCGGUAAUAAACAGGGUACUCAGAGCCACGCCCAUGACACCAACAGUGACCGCGGAGAGACCGAGAGGAAGGGAUGUGGUUUUCUUGUUGGACGGCUCUGAGGCCACAAGAAACUCAUUCCCAGCUAUGAGGGACUUUGUCCAAAGAGUCGUAGAGACACUGAGUUUGGAUGACAACAAAGAUCGCGUCUCCCUGGUUCAGUACAGCGGAGAUGCGGCUGUCCAGUUCUAUCUGAACACAUACACCACAAAGGGCGAGAUCCUUGACAUAGUCAGAGGACUGAGGCACAGAGGCGGAAGACCCCUCAACACCGGAGCAGCUCUCCAGUACUUGAGGGACAAUGUCUUCACAGCCUCUGCCGGCAGCAGACGCCUCCAAGGCGUCCCGCAGGUCCUAAUCCUGCUGAGUGGCGGAAGGUCUCUUGACAGCGUGGAUGCGCCAGCUUCUGCUCUCAAACAGCUGGGAGUGCUGAUCUUUGCCAUCGGAAGCAGGAGAUCCGAUAGCGGAGAGCUGCAGAAGAUAGCCCACGACCCCCGAUAUGCACUAUCGGUGGCUGAUUUCACUGACCUCCCCAGUGUCCAACAACAGCUUCAGUCCUCCGUGGAGGCUGUGGUGAUUGACGUCACCCCAGAAACGCCAUCAGUCAUUGCUGAAGCCAAAAAGGAUGUUGUCUUCCUUCUGGACGGUUCUGACGGAACAAGGAACGGUUUCCCUGCCAUGCGCAAUUUUGUUGAGCAAGUGGUGGAGAAACUCAAUGUGGGCGUAAACAAAGACCGUGUCUCUGUGGUCCAGUACGGCAAAGAUCCAGAAACCAGUUUCUAUCUGAACACGUACACCGCGAGAGAGGAUGUUGUGAAUGCGCUCAGAGGACUCAGACACAGAGGAGGCAGACCCCUCAACACUGGGGCCGCCCUCCAAUAUGUCAGGGACAACGUCUUUACAAACUCCUCAGGCAGCAGGCGCUCGCAAGGUGUUCCGCAGAUCUUGAUCCUGCUAAAUGGCGCCCGCUCUUUUGACAGCGUUGCUGCGCCAGCCUCUGCUCUCAAACAGCAGGGCGUCUUUACCAUCAGCAUUGGAACACAGAACUCUGACAGCAGCGAGCUGCAAAAGAUAGCCCAUGACCCUAGUCAUGCUCUAGCAGUGUCUGAGCUCACUGACCUUCCCAGUGUCCAAGACCAGCUCUCCUCGGUAAUAAACAGGGUACUCAGAGCCACGCCCAUGACACCAACAGUGACCGCGGAGAGACCGGGAGGAAGGGAUGUGGUUUUCUUGUUGGACGGGUCUGAGGCCACAAGAAACUCAUUCCCAGCUAUGAGGGACUUUGUCCAAAGAGUGGUAGAGACACUGAGUUUGGAUGACGACAAAGAUCGCGUCUCCCUAGUUCAGUACAGCAGAGAUGCGGCUGUCCAGUUCUAUCUGAACACAUACACCACAAAGGGCGAGAUCCUUGACAUUGUCAGAGGACUGAGGCACAAAGGUGGAAGACCCCUCAACACCGGGGCAGCUCUCCAGUACUUGAGGGACAAUGUCUUCUCAGCCUCUGCCGGCAGCAGACGCCUCCAAGGCGUCCCGCAGGUCCUAAUCCUGCUGAGCGGCGGAAGGUCUCUUGACAGCGUGGAUGCGCCAGCUUCUGCUCUCAAACAGCUGGGAGUGCUGAUCUUUGCCAUCGGAAGCAGGAGCUCCGAUAGCGGAGAGCUGCAAAAGAUAGCCCACGACCCCCGAUAUGCGCUAUCGGUGGCUGAAUUCACUGACCUCCCUAGUGUCCAACAACAGCUUCAGUCCUCCGUGGAGGCUGUGGUGAUUGACGUCACCCCAGAAACACCAUCAGUCAUUGCUGAAGCCAAAAAGGAUGUUGUCUUCCUUCUGGACGGUUCUGACGGAACAAGGAAUGGCUUCCCUGCCAUGCGCAAUUUUGUUGAGCAAGUGGUGGAGAAACUCAAUGUGGGCGUAAACAAAGACCGUGUCUCUGUGGUCCAGUACGGCAGAGAUCCAGAGACCAGUUUCUAUCUGAACACGUACACGGCGAGAGAGGAUGUUGUGAAUGCGCUCAGAGGACUCAGACACAGAGGAGGCAGACCCCUCAACACUGGGGCCGCCCUCCAAUAUGUCAGGGACAACGUCUUUACAAACUCCUCAGGCAGCAGGCGCUCGCAAGGUGUUCCGCAGAUCUUGAUUCUGCUAAAUGGCGGCCGCUCUUUUGACAGCGUUGCUGCGCCAGCCUCUGCUCUCAAACAGCAGGGAGUCUUUACCAUCAGCAUUGGAACACAGAACUCUGACAGCAGCGAGCUGCAAAAGAUAGCCCAUGACCCUAGUCAUGCUCUAGCAGUGUCUGAGCUCACUGACCUCUCCAGUGUCCAAGACCAGCUCUCCUCGGUAAUAAACAGGGUACUCAGAGCCACGCCCAUGACACCAACAGUGACGGCGGAGAGACCGGGAGGAAGGGAUGUGGUUUUCUUGUUGGACGGGUCUGAGGCCACAAGAAACUCAUUCCCAGCUAUGAGGGACUUUGUCCAAAGAGUCGUAGAGACACUGAGUUUGGAUGACGACAAAGAUCGCGUCUCCCUAGUUCAGUACAGCAGAGAUGCGGCUGUCCAGUUCUAUCUGAACACAUACACCACAAAGGGCGAGAUCCUUGACAUAGUCAGAGGACUGAGGCACAGAGGCGGAAGACCCCUCAACACCGGGGCAGCUCUCCAGUACUUGAGGGACAAUGUCUUCACAGCCUCUGCCGGCAGCAGACGCCUCCAAGGCGUCCCGCAGGUCCUAAUCCUGCUGAGCAGCGGAAGGUCUUUUGACAGCGUGGAUGCGCCAGCUUCUGCUCUCAAACAGCUGGGAGUGCUGAUCUUUGCCAUCGGGAGCAGGAGCUCCGAUAGCGGAGAGCUGCAGAAGAUAGCCCACGACCCCCGAUACGCGCUAUCGGUGGCUGAAUUCACUGACCUCCCCAGUGUCCAACAACAGCUUCAGUCCUCCGUGCAGGCUGUGGUGAUUGACGUCACCCCAGAAACGCCAUCAGUCAUUGCUGAAGCCAAAAAGGAUGUUGUCUUCCUUCUGGACGGUUCUGACGGAACAAGGAACGGCUUCCCGGCCAUGCGCAAUUUUGUUGAGCAAGUGGUGGAGAAACUCAAUGUGGGCGUAAACAAAGACCGUGUCUCUGUGGUCCAGUACGGCAGAGAUCCGGAGACCAGUUUCUAUCUGAACACGUACACGGCGAGAGAGGAUGUUGUGAAUGCGCUCAGAGGACUCAGACACAGAGGAGGCAGACUCCUCAACACUGGGGCCGCCCUCCAAUAUGUCAGGGACAACGUCUUUACAAACUCCUCAGGCAGCAGGCGCUCGCAAGGUGUUCCGCAGAUCUUGAUCCUGCUAAAUGGCGGCCGUUCUUUUGACAGCGUAGCCGCGCCAGCCUCUGCUCUCAAACAGCAGGGCGUGUUUACCAUCAGCAUUGGAACACAGAACUCUGACAGCAGCGAGCUGCAAAAGAUAGCCAAUGACCCUAGUCAUGCUCUGGCAGUGUCUGAGCUCACUGACCUCCCUAGUGUCCAAGACCAGCUCUCCUCGGUAAUAAACAGGGUACUCAAAGACACGCCCAUGACACCAACAGUGACCGCGGAGAGACCGGGAGGAAGGGAUGUGGUUUUCUUGUUGGACGGCUCUGAGGCCACGAGAAACUCAUUCCCAGCUAUGAGGGACUUUGUACAAAGAGUCGUAGAGACACUGAGUUUGGAUGACGACAAAGAUCGCGUCUCCCUGGUUCAGUACAGCGGAGAUGCGGCUGUCCAGUUCUAUCUGAACACAUACACCACAAAGGGCGAGAUCCUUGACAUAGUCAGAGGACUGAGGCACAGAGGCGGAAGACCCCUCAACACCGGAGCAGCUCUCCAGUACUUGAGGGACAAUGUCUUCACAGCCUCUGCCGGCAGCAGACGCCUCCAAGGCGUCCCGCAGGUCCUAAUCCUGCUGAGCGGCGGAAGGUCUCUUGACAGCGUGGAUGCACCAGCUUCUGCUCUCAAACAGCUGGGAGUGCUGAUCUUUGCCAUCGGAAGCAGGAGAUCCGAUAGCGGAGAGCUGCAGAAGAUAGCCCACGACCCCCGAUAUGCACUAUCGGUGGCUGAUUUCACUGACCUCCCCAGUGUCCAACAACAGCUUCAGUCCUCCGUGGAGGCUGUGGUGAUUGACGUCACCCCAGAAACGCCAUCAGUCAUUGCUGAAGCCAAAAAGGAUGUUGUCUUCCUUCUGGACAGUUCUGACGGAACAAGGAACGGCUUCCCGGCCAUGCGCAAUUUUGUUCAGCAAGUGGUGGAGAAACUCAAUGUGGGCGUAAACAAGGACCGUGUCUCUGUGGUCCAGUACGGCAGAGAUCCGGAGACCAGUUUCUAUCUGAAGACGUACACCGCGAGAGAAGAUGUUGUGAAUGCGCUCAGAGGACUCAGACACAGAGGAGGCAGACCCCUCAACACUGGGGCCGCCCUCCAAUAUGUCAGGGACAACAUCUUUACAAACUCCUCAGGGAGCAGGCGCUCGCAAGGUGUUCCGCAGAUCUUGAUCCUGUUAAAUAGCGGCCGGUCUUUUGACAGCGUUGCUGCGCCAGCCUCUGCUCUCAAACAGCAGGGCGUCUUUACCAUCAGCAUUGGAACACAGAACUCUGACAGCAGCGAGCUGCAAAAGAUAGCCCAUGACCCUAGUCAUGCUCUAGCAGUGUCUGAGCUCACUGACCUCCCCAGUGUCCAAGACCAGCUCUCCUCGGUAAUAAACAGGGUACUCAGAGACACGCCCAUGACACCAACAGUGACCGCGGAGAGACCGGGAGGAAGGGAUGUGGUUUUCUUGUUGGACGGGUCUGAGGCCACAAGACACUCAUUCCCAGCUAUGAGGGACUUUGUCCAAAGAGUCGUAGAGACACUGAGUUUGGAUGACGACAAAGAUCGCGUCUCCCUAGUUCAGUACAGCAGAGAUGCGGCUGUCCAGUUCUAUCUGAACACAUACACCACAAAGGGCGAGAUCCUUGACAUUGUCAGAGGACUGAGGCACAGAGGCGGAAGACCCCUCAACACCGGGGCAGCUCUCCAGUACUUGAGGGACAAUGUCUUCACAGCCUCUGCCGGCAGCAGACGCCUCCAAGGCGUCCCGCAGGUCCUAAUCCUGCUGAGCGGCGGAAGGUCUCUUGACAGCGUGGAUGUGCCAGCUUCUGCUCUCAAACAGCUUGGAGUGCUGAUCUUUGCCAUCGGAAGCAGAAGCUCCGAUAGCGGAGAGCUGCAGAAGAUAGCUCACGACCCCCGAUAUGCGCUAUCGGUGGCUGAAUUCACUGACCUCCCCAGUGUCCAACAACAGCUUCAGUCCUCUGUGGAGGCUGUGGUGAUUGACGUCACCCCAGAAACGCCAUCAGUCAUUGCUGAAGCCAAAAAGGAUGUUGUCUUCCUUCUGGACGGUUCUGACGGAACAAGGAACGGCUUCCCGGCCAUGCGCAAUUUUGUUGAGCAAGUGGUUGAUAAACUCAAUGUGGGCGUAAACAAAGACCGCGUCUCUGUGGUCCAGUACGGCAGAGAUCCAGAGACCAGUUUCUAUCUGAACACUUACACCGCGAGAGAAGAUGUUGUGAAUGCGCUCAGAGGACUCAGACACAGAGGAGGCAGACCCCUCAACACUGGGGCCGCCCUCCAAUAUGUCAGGGACAACAUCUUUACAAACUCCUCGGGCAGCAGGCGCUCGCAAGGUGUUCCGCAGAUCUUGAUCCUGCUAAAUGGCGGCCGCUCUUUUGACAGCGUUGCUGCGCCAGCCUCUGCUCUCAAACAGCAGGGCGUCUUUACCAUCAGCAUUGGAACACAGAACUCUGACAGCAGCGAGCUGCAAAAGAUAGCCCAUGACCCUAGUCAUGCUCUAGCAGUGUCUGAGCUCACUGACCUCCCCAGUGUCCAAGACCAGCUCUCCUCGGUAAUAAACAGGGUACUCAGAGACACGCCCAUGACACCAACAGUGACUGCGGAGAGACCGGGAGGAAGGGAUGUGGUUUUCUUGUUGGACGGCUCUGAGGCCACAAGAAACUCAUUCCCAGCUAUGAGGGACUUUGUCCAAAGAGUGGUAGAGACACUGAGUUUGGAUGACGACAAAGAUCGCGUCUCCCUAGUUCAGUACAGCAGAGAUGCGGCUGUCCAGUUCUAUCUGAACACAUACACCACAAAGGGCGAGAUCCUUGACAUUGUCAGAGGACUGAGGCACAGAGGCGGAAGACCCCUCAACACCGGGGCAGCUCUCCAGUACUUGAGGGACAAUGUCUUCACAGCCUCUGCCGGCAGCAGACGCCUCCAAGGCGUCCCGCAGGUCCUAAUCCUGCUGAGCGGCGGAAGGUCUCUUGACAGCGUGGAUGCGCCAGCUUCUGCUCUCAAACAGCUGGGAGUGCUGAUCUUUGCCAUCGGGAGCAGGAGCUCCGAUAGCGGAGAGCUGCAGAAGAUAGCCCCCGACCCCCGAUAUGCACUAUUGGUGCCUGAAUUCACUGACCUCCCUUCUGUAAUGAACAGGUUGUUAAGUACUGUGUCCAUGAGACCAUCAGUAACUGCCGAGUCACAAGGCCCCUGGAGAGACAUCAUCUUCCUCGUCGACGGAUCUGACGGCGUUGGAAGAGAUUUCCCUAUCAUUCAGGAGUUCAUACGUAGGGUUGUUGAGAAUCUGAACGUGGGCGAAAAUAAGAUCCGAAUCGGCGUGGUUCAGUUUGGCGAUUACGCACAUCCCGACAUGUAUCUGAACACACAUACAACCAAAGAAGAAGUCUUGAAUACUGUCAGGGGAUUAAGGCAGCGGGGAGGAAGACAGCGCAACCUGGGUCAGGCUUUGCAGUUUGUCAGUGAUGAUAUGCUGACAGCUGCACGAGGUAGCAGGAAACAAGAAGGUGUACCACAGUUUUUGGUUGUUGUCUCCAGUGGGUCACCAACAGAUGACAUCAAUCGUCCGGCAACCACCCUCAAGCGAUCGAGGGUCAUUCCUUUCAGCAUUGGAACCAGAGACGUGAACCCUAAAGACUUGCGAAUCGUGUCCUUUGCGCCCAACUUUGCUUUCGUUGUAGAUGAUCUCCCAAGCUUGGAUACAGUCCAACAAAACGUAAUCAAUAGGCUUACGGAGUUAUCCGAUGAUGACAUCGCCAGGAUCGUCCCACAAUUCCCUGUCAUUGAAGAAAUUGUACCAAGCACAGGUGAAGAAAAGAGGGAUGUUGUGUUUCUCAUCGACGGUUCAAGUACAGCACGAAAUGACUUCCCUUCCAUUCGUGAAAUGAUCAAAAGAGUUGUGGAGAAGUUGGAUGUUGGAGUAGAUAAAGUCAGAAUUUCAGUUGUACAGUAUAGCGACGACACAAAGGUAGAAUUUCCCCUAAAUGAAUAUUCCACCAAAAACGAAGUACGGCAGGCUGUGACGCAACUUCGAAGCAGAGGAGGAAGCCGCUUGAACACAGGUCAAGCUCUUGAGUGGGUCUCCCGAAACAUCUACCAGAGGUCCGCGGGAAGCCGCUUGGAAGACGGAGUACCUCAGUUUUUGAUUGUAGUUACCGGUGGACCCUCUGCAGAUGAUGUUACAGCUCCAGCGGACCAACUUAAGAGAAGCCAUGUUGCACCUAUUGCCAUUGGUUCAAGGAAUUCAGACAUUGAUGAGCUGAGGAAAAUUUCCCUGAAGCCUGAACUUGCAUACACAGUUGAAAGUUUCCAGCAGCUUCCGGCCAUUGAGCAGCGGCUCAUUACUUCAGUCCAAACCAUGUCUGCGCCUGAUAUCAUCGGAAGCUAUCGCCCUCCGGAUGAGGUCUUUGAUGUGUUAGAUGUUGGGCGAAAGGACAUCAUUUUCCUCAUUGACGGCUCAGACAACACAGGCGUCACGGGUAUCGCUCACAUUCGUGACUUCAUAUUGAACCUCGUCAAACAACUUGACGUGCGACCCGACCAAGUGCGUGUGGGCCUUGUCCAGUACGCCGACAGAGUCAAACCAGAGUUCUCGCUCAAUUCACAUGGCGCCAAGCCAGACGUUAUCACGGCCGUCAGAAAACUACGUCAAAUGGGCGGUCGCUCUUCCAACCUGGCUGAUGCUAUUGAAUAUGUCAUACAGAAUGAGUUAAAGCCCUCUGCCGGUGUUCGUCCAGUGGAAGCCUCCCAGCAUCUUGUGGUUCUCACAGGAGGACGUUCCCCACAAGAUGUCUCUCUCUAUGGACCUUUGCUAAAGGGAUCCAAAGUCAACUGUAUUGGUAUCGGAGCAAGUGGGGCAGACACAAGGCAACUUGCCCAAAUUGCUAAGUCAUCAGAAGAUGUCCUUCAGGUUCGUACGUUCCCUGGCCUGCCGGAAAUCAACGACAGACUUGUUGCCAGACUGAAGGGGACCCUCCCUGUUGACCCCACCCCAGAUGAGAUUCCCACACAAGGACUACCAGAUUCUAAGAAGGCUGAUAUCGUGUUUUUGGUGGACGGCUCCAUAAACCUGGGCAAAGAAAAUUUCAAUAAAGUGAUGGCGUUUGUCGCCGAACUCGUUGACCUGUUCUACGCUGACCGAGACAACCUGCGGAUUGGACUGGCGCAUUAUGGGACCGACGUGUCGGAUGUCUUCUACCUUAACACCCACAAUAACAAACCAGACAUUAUUAGUGCCAUAGAGAGCGCAGAUUAUAAAGGGGGACGUAGAAGCAACACGGGGGCAGCCAUUCGACACAUUCAAAAUGUUCACUUUUCCAAACCGAAGGGCAGCAGAAAAGAUCAAGGCACUCCUCAGAUCCUCAUGCUCAUCCAAGGAGGGCCGUCGUCUGAUGACGCCAAAUCAGCUGCACUUGGCUUAAAGAAGAGCGGUGUGCGAAUCUUUGCUGUUGGAGUGGGGGACAUGGAGAAUGAGCUAGAGACACUGGCCAGUGACUCCUCCACUGUGGCCAGAGCCAGAACCUAUCAGGAGCUCUCCGAACUCAAUGAGCAAAUCCUGGGCACGUUAGAUGACGAAGUGAAGGGCAAGCUGUGCGUUGGUGUACAAGAAGCUCCCAGAGCCUGCAACCUCGAGGUGUUGGUGGGCUUCGACGUUUCUGCCCAGAAUAUCUUCAGUGCCCAAACCAAUCUUCUGAGCAAAAUGGGCGCCAUUCUACAGAGGAUCGCCAAAAUGUCGACCACCAGUUGCUCGUCGGGGCAAAUUCCCUCCAUUCAAAUUGGCAUGCUCGCCAUCGACUCCACCGGGCAGCCCGUCCAGGUGGACUUCUCCGACAAUCCCAACAAGCUAUUGGAGGCCUUUAGAGGCCUUGCCAAUCGUGGCCCCUUUGUUCUCAGUGGCAAGACCAUCUCGGCUUACACUGACAGAUUCCGAAACCGACAAGAUGAUGCCGUCAAGGUUGUUAUUCAUCUGACUGAUGGUAUCGAUGCACCCUAUCCUGAAAUGAAAAGGCGAAUUGAAGAGCUCCGCCAAUCAGGAGUCAACAGUUUGAUUCUGGUCGGCCUGGAACGCGUUCCCAGGUUUGAAGACGCUGCGUUGUUGGAAUUUGGCCGUGGCUUUAGGUACACCAGACCCCUACGACUUAACAUCUUGGACUUGGACUACGAGCUAAUGGAGGAACUGGACAAUAUUGCAGAGAAGGAGUGCUGUGGAGUGCCGUGCAAAUGUACAGGCACGAGGGGAGACCGAGGCUCCAUCGGAGUUUCAGGCCCUAAGGGUCGUCCGGGUGGCGGAGGAAGCCAAGGACAUCCUGGUGAUGAGGGCGGACCGGGAGAGCGAGGUCCUCCUGGUGUGAAUGGAACUCAGGGCUUCCAGGGAUGUCCUGGGCAGAGAGGUUUCAAGGGUUCUCGAGGAUAUUCUGGAGAAAAGGGCGAAUCCGGAGAAAUUGGCCUGGAUGGAAUUAAUGGUGAAGAGGGCAAAAGUGGAGUGGCUGGGCCCUCGGGAGACAGAGGACAUUCUGGCAGUAGAGGUCCUAAAGGCAUCAAAGGCCAAGCGGGAGACAAAGGCGGAAUGGGAAUCAGAGGAGACCCUGGUACAAGUGGAGUGGAUAAUAACAGAGCUGGACCAAAAGGAGACCCUGGUGAUGCGGGACCAGCGGGCGAGCCCGGUGAGGACGGAAACAAGGGAGCAGCUGGAGAACCAGGAAGAAGGGGAGCGGAUGGGAGACGAGGCGCGCCGGGACAAGCUGGGAAGUCGGGACCACCUGGAGUUGACGGUCUGAGGGGGGAACCUGGAAUCGGAGGAUCAAGAGGUCCGGCUGGACCAAACGGUGCACCAGGACCCAGAGGAGAAGAUGGAAAUCCUGGACCCAGAGGUCCCGGGGGAAGCCCAGGUGCUUCGGGAGAAAAGGGAAGAAGAGGACCAGUCGGUCGCAAGGGAGAGCCCGGAGAUCCAGGAAUUAAAGGCGGCAUCGGACCGUUGGGACUCCGCGGAGAGUCUGGAGAAGAUGGCAGGGAUGGAUUCGGCAUCUCGGGGCCCAAAGGAAGAAGGGGUGAUGAAGGCUUCCCAGGGUUCCCGGGGCCAAAGGGAGAAGCUGGUAACGCAGGAACCAAGGGUGCACCUGGUCCUCGAGGAAAUCUUGGGCAGAGGGGCGUUUCCGGAAAUGCCGGAACGGGCGGGCAGAAGGGAGAGGUCGGCUAUCCGGGGCCUUACGGUCUGAAGGGGCCGAGAGGACCGGGAGUUGUGCAAUGCGACCUCGUCAAGAAGAUCAGAGACAAUUGUCGUAAGUCUCAGGCACACAACACACGGCCCAAAUAUUGAAUUUGAAUUACUACAACAGUGAGAAAAUGUAUGA